AUGGCACAGGAGACCCUGAGGCUGGUGUGCCUGCCGGUGUCGGCACGCGACGGGAGGCUGCCGCGACAGUACACGCUGGAGGGGCAAGGCGCCAAGAAGGACAUCUCGCCACCGCUGGAGUGGUACGGGGUGCCCGGCAGCACGCGGUCGCUUGCGCAGGUGGUGCAGGACAUCGACGCGGACGAGCGGGUUCCGUGGAUGCACAGGGUGGUGGCCAACAAAUCGCCUGAGGAGAAGGGGCUGCCCGAGGGGUUCUCGGGCGCCGGCGGCAAUGCCAACACCAGCGGCGAAAGCGGCCUCCAGGAGGGGGUCAACGACUGGAAGCAGCCCGGUUGGCGCGGCCCCGUCCCGGACUCCCACGGCCACAACAUCCAGUGCCGGCUCUACGCGCUUGGCGACGUGCUCAGCCUCGGCAACAAGAUCGAAGCCGCCGGCGUUGGUGGCCGUGGUGCCGCUGGGUGGUGCAGGUUGAUGCUCAAGUGCACGGCCAUGGAGCAGAACCAGCAUAUGUGGUGGUGCAGGUUGAUGCUCAAGUGCAUGACCAUGGAGCAGAUCCGCUGGGUGGUGGUCACUUCGAAUUUCUCUAGAACCGCCGCCACCUCCCUCGUCGUGCUCGUCGGCAGCGGCGUCGUCCUCUUCCUUCGCCGCUCCUCCAUCGCGCUAGCCUACAAUGAGUCAGCAGACCCCAUCGACAGGGAAGUUAUGUCCUCACAUUUCUCCUUUUUUGUACUCUUCUUCCAUUGUAGUACAAAUGGAUGUAUUUCUGAUCUCAAAUGUGUGCUCUUGCAUACACUGAAUUUCUGA